AUGGAAGACACCCAAGCUAUUAACUGGGAGGUUGAGGAAGAGGAGGAGAAAGAGAUACCCAGUGAAUCCUCGGGGUGUAGCUUGGAGCCUGUAGGACGACUGCAUAUCUUCAGUAGUGCCCAUGGACCAGAAAAAGAUUUCCCUCUGUAUCUCGGGAAGAAUAUGGUAGGCCGAAUGCCUGAUUGCUCUGUGAUCCUGCCCUUUUCAUCCAUCUCCAAACAACAUGCAGUGAUUGAAAUCUUGGCCUGGGACAAGGCACCUGUCCUUCAAGAUUGUGGCAGCCUCAAUGGUACUCAAGUCCUAAGGCCUCCUAAGGUCCUAAGCCCAGGGGUGAGUCAUCGGCUGAGAGACCAGGAAUUGAUUCUCUUUGCUGACUUGCCCUGCCAGUACCAUCGCCUGAAUGUUCCCCUGCCCUUUGUUUCCCGGGGCCCUCUAACUAUAGAAGAGACACCCAGGGUACAGGGACGAACUCAACCCCAGGGACUCCUGUUGGCUGAGGACUCAGAGGAGGAAGUAGAUUCUCCUUCAGAAAGGUGUGUGGUGAAAGAACCAAGAACCUGCCCUCUAGCUGCAGUGGUUCCAGAGAGUGAUGAAGAGGGGCCUUCCCCUGCCCCAGAUGGCCCUGGGCCACCUUUUGCAUUCAACCUGGACAGUGACACAGAUGAGGAAGAAAGUCAACAUCCAGCAUCAGGAGAGGCCUCCUCAACUGCCAGAAGAGGCUCCACUGCAGAGACAAAACAGUCUACAGCUAUGGCAACUGAAAUCCAGCUUGAAAAGAAUCAGUGUUCAGUAAAAGAGAGAAACAAUGACACAGAAGUUGAAAGGGAUGCAAGGAAUGGGGUGGUCCCACUUGGGGUGAUACUGGAGAGGAACCAACCUGCUGGGGAAGACAGUGACACAGAUGUGGAUGAUGAGAGCAGGCCUCCAGGAAGGCCUGCUGUGGUCCAUUUGGAAAGGGCUCAGCCUUCUGACUUCAUAGACAGUGAUACUGAUGUGGAAGAAGAAGAGAUCCCUGCAACCCCAGCUGUAGUUCCUAUGAAGAAGAGGCAAAUCUUCCAUGGAAUUAGUACAGAGAGUCCUCGGACACAUGCCUUGGUACAUCUACAGGAGAGCCCAACUGGUAGUGAUACAGAUGUGGGGGAAGGUGAGAUCCAGCUGGCAGUCCCUCUAGAGAGAAGCCGAGCCUCUGUGGUGAUUGACAGCAAUACAGAUGGUGAGGAAGAAGUCUUAGCAGCACUCGCUUUGGCACAUCUGAAAGAGAGCCGAGCAACUACAUGGAACAGAGAUACAGAUUUGGAAGAGGACAGGGCCCAACCUGUGGCCCUUCUGGAGCAAAACCAAACCUCUACUGGGAGAGAUAGCGACACAGACAUGGAGGAGGAGGGUCUCCCGAUGGAAAAGAGAGGAACUGUUUUCAAGGGUCACACAGACAAGGCAUAUUCAGAAAAGAGGCAACCUCCUCCCCAAAACAGUGAUCUAGGGGUGGACAAAGAUAAGAGCUCACUUGGGGUCCAUCUGGAGAGAAGCCAAGCCUCUGCCACAGUGGACAUCAACAUACAAGUGAAGGAGAAAGUCCCACCAGGGUCAGCUGUUAUACUUGUGGAGAAGCAUCAGGUGCCUCUGGUAUGGACAGAUCAAACAGAUGUGGAAGUAGAAGAGGGCCAAGCGAAGCUGCCUGUGAUGCAUCUAGAGGAAGCCAAACCUCCAUCUGGGGACUGUGAGACAGAUGUGGAGGGCAUAUCCUUAGCAGCUUCAGUGGUGGCAGAUAUAAGAAAGAGCCAGCUUCCAGCAGAAGAGGAUGCUGGGGCAAAGAGGGCUGUAGCUGUUCUUGAGCACAAGAGAGAUCUUGAGGCGAGGGCCCAGGGUGGGUCACUUGUUUCACAGGUGGAGCAGGAUCACCUCCCUGUCUCAAGGGAGGAUAUUAAUGAUCUGGUGGUCACAGGCACUUCAGGGGAAUCCAUCCAGCCACAGAGAGAGGGAGCCCAGACCUCCAUAGAAAGGGAGAGAGAACCACAUAUGGACAGGACCCAGGACUCUGGAGACAACCACGGUGAUUCUGAAGACCUGGACCUACAGGCUACCCAGUGCUUUGUGGAGAGAGACAAUCAGAAUCUGGAAGCCCAGAGCAUGGAGGAUGAAGCCACCCAGGCGUUUCUGGUUACUUUACCCCAAGAGCCUGGUCCUUCCUGCUGUAGCUUCCAGGAUACAGGUACCUUGGAUGAGCCGUGGGAGGUCUUGGCAACACAGCCAUUCUGUCCGAGAGAGUUUGAGGCCCCUGAGCCCGAGCCCAUUGUUGCUCCUCUUGAUGCCCAUGGAUCCUGCCUCUCUACACCUUGGACAAUACCACAAGGCCAAAAUCCAGGAAGCCCAGUUCACAUAGAGCCAUUGGGAAUUCAGGACAAAGGGAUGCAGACUAUGGAAAAAGACAUGGGGAUACCAAGAGAAGCAGCAGAGGGGGUGGCCCCUGAGAGAGGACCAUUGGACAGGGAAACUGAGAACCUGCCAUCAGGAGAACAAGAAGAUGUGAUAGGAGAAGAAGAGUUAACCAGAGGGAUACAGGUGUUAGCUAGAGAUACUCAAGGACAAGAGUCUGACCAAAAGGUGAAAAUUGCAAGUAUUAAAAGAAAUAUGGAGAGUUUGAACGUAGAAAUUGAGAUAACCAGGGAAAUACCAGAGAAAGAAAUAGAAAAGCAGAUUCUUGCAAGAGAAAUAUUUGAGAGAGAAACAGAGAAACUAGUACUAGAGAGAGAGGGUGAGCCAAAUGGAUUAGGAGUUGAGGUACCGGAAGUAAUACUGGAGAGAGGCCCACAGAGAGGGGAGACUGAGAAAGGGAGCCAGGACCAGGAAGGGCAAGCCUCCAGUCCAACACUAGAGCUUGAAACAGGGACAGGCAGUCAUCAGGGACUUGCUUCAGCCUCAGUAGCUUCUGGGAGCCAGUCAGGUGGAGGAGAGGGAGUCCCAAUGAGCCCCAGGAGGCAGCAGAGAGGUCACUUGACUUGUGAGGUGCCACCUGCUGAGAAGGCCUUCGGGGUGAGAGCUGCUGUUUCUGCCUCCUCCUAUUCCACUGGUGAUCAGGAAUCCACAGAUGCUUGUCAGCCUCCUGCAGUGCCUGAAGCUUCAGCCCCACACCAAAACCCCCUCCUCUUUCAGAGUCAAAAACAUCCUGUACCUCAGCCCUUCUGUUCUUCCUCUCCAUCUUCUUUAAAGCCCAUUCCCAGGACCAGGCAAAACAGGAAUCAGAAAGUUCCAGAGACUCCCUUGCCAAAACCCAAAGUCAGGCUCCGAGGGUCCUCCAGGAAGACACCCUCUACAGUUUCUUCUGUAGCCCUUGAACCUCAUACUGCCAUUCCCACAGACCAACCCCUCAGUGCUGAGCCCACAUCUCAGGUCACUCGGGGCAGGAGACAUAGGUCCUCUGUGAAGACCCCUGAACUGGUUGUCCCCACAGCCCCUGAGCUCCAGCCUUCCAUUUCCAAAGACCAGCCUAUCACCCCUGAGCUCACAUCGCGGAUCACUCGGGGUAGGACACAAAGGUUCUCUGUCAAGGCCCCUGAAGUAGUUGUCCCUACAGCCCCUGAUGUUCAGCCUUCCACCUCUAAAGACCAGUCUGUCACUCCUGAGCUCAUAUCUCAGGACAGGACACAUAAAUUUGUAAAAACCCCUGAACCGGUUAUUUCCACAGCCUCUCAGCUCCAGCCUUCCACCUCCAAAGGCCAGUUUGUCCUCACUGAGUCUGUAUCUGGGGCUACUCAGGGCAGGGCACGUAGGUCUUGUGUCAAGACUCCCAAAGCAAUUGUCCCCACAGCCCCUGAGCUCCAGCCUUCUACUUCCAAAGACCAGCCUGUCACCCCUGAGCCCACAUCUCGAGUCACUCGAGGCAGGACACGUGGGUCCUCUGUCAAGAUCUGUCCUGAAUCAACUGUCCCCACGGCCCCUGAACUCCAGCCUACCACCUCCAAAGACCAGUCUGUCCUCACUGAGCCCACAUCUGGGGCCACUCAUAGCAGGAUACCUAGGUCUUCUGUCAAGAUUCCUGAGCUAGUUGUCCCAACAGCUCCUGAAGUCCAGUCUUCCAUCCCCACAGACCAGUCUGUCACCCCCAAACCUACAUCUCAGCGCAGGACAUCCAGGUCUUUUGUCAAGACCCAUGAACCAACUGUUCCCACAGCCCCUGAGCUCCAGCCUACCACCCCCAAAGGCCAGUCUGUCACCCCCAAACGUAAAUCUCAGGGCAGGACACCCAGGUCUUCUAGCAAGACCCCCAAACCAGUUGUCCCCACAGUCCCUGAGCUCCAGGCUUCCACCCCCACAGACGAGCCUGUCACUCCCAAACUCACACCUCGGGCCACUCGGGGCAGGACACAAAGGUCCUUGGUCAAGACCCCUGAGCCAGUUGUCCCCACAGCCUCUGAGCUCCAGCCUUCCAUCUCCACAGAUCAGCCUGUCACCCCUGAGCCUACAUUUCGGGCCACUCGGGGAAGGAUACAUAGGUCCUCUGUCAAGAUCCCCCAACCAAUUGAAUCUACAGCCUCUGACCUUGAAUCUCUCAACCCCAUAGAUCAACUGGUCACCCCUAAGGCUAUAGCUGAGGGUGGUCAGGGUAAGACACUAAGGUCUACAGUAAGUGCUGUGCCAGUUCUUACCACCCAUGAAUCCCAGAAUCCUGACCUCAUAGGCCAGCCUGUUCCCCCUGAGCCCAUCCCUCAAGCCAACUGCAGCAGGAAGCGGAGGGCCACAAGGAAGCAUGGGUCCUUCACAGCUCCCAUUGUCCAUCAGCCCCACUCUGCACCCCCUGAACCUAACUCUCGAUCCUCAAAGAACCAAAGACGAGCAGUGAGAGCAGUGGAGUCUCUUAGGACCAUUCCCGAGCCUGCUCUUGCCCAGCUUCCUGAGGCCCCCACUCAUGCUACCCAGAUCCAAAAGGUAGAGGCAGCAGGCAGAUCUGAGUUCACCCCAGAGCCCCAGUCUAAGCCCUCUCAGAGCCGCAAGAGGCCUUUGGCUACUGUGGAUUCACCCCCACUUCAAAAACGGCUCCAACAGAAGACCGUGUCCCUCCACAAAGAGGAAGAAGAUUCAGCAGAGAGCCCAAGGAAGGACGAGGUGGCAGUGAUUCCAGGACCAGGCAAGAGAAAGAGAGACCAAACAGAGGAGGAGCCCAGGGGAAUCCCAAGCUGCAGCCUUCGGCGGGUCAAACCUAACCAAGAGUCCACAGCACCCAAAGUACUCUUCACAGGUGUGGUGGAUGCCCGUGGAGAACGGGCGGUGCUGGCCCUGGGUGGGAGUCUGGCCAGCUCAGUGGCAGAGGCUUCCCACCUGGUGACUGAUCGAGUCCGCCGCACGGUCAAGUUCCUGUGUGCCCUGGGGCGGGGGAUCCCCAUCCUCUCCCUGGACUGGCUGCACCAGUCCCGCAAGGCUGGUUGCUUCUUGCCCCCGGAUGAAUAUGUGGUGACUGAUCCUGAGCAGGAGAAGAACUUUGGCUUCAGCCUUCGAGAUGCCCUGAGCCGGGCUCGGGAGAGAAGGUUGCUAGAGGGCUAUGAGAUCCAUGUGACCCCAGGAGUCCAGCCACCACCACCUCAAAUGGGAGAGAUCAUCAGCUGCUGUGGAGGCACUGUCCUACCCAGCAUGCCCCGCUCCUAUAAGCCUCAGAGAGUUGUGAUUACAUGCUCCCAGGACUUCUCUCGAUGCUCUAUUCCAUUUCGGGUUGGGCUGCCCAUUCUCUCACCUGAGUUCCUGCUGACAGGAGUGCUGAAGCAGGAAGCCAAGCCAGAGGCCUUCAUCCUCUCCACUUUGGAAAUGUCAUCCUCGUGA